GCUGAUUUUUACGCUGCCAUUUUGUCCGGCAGAGCAGCAGCCAGCCAGUCAGUCAGUAAAGGGAAUCCACCGGCGAGACUUUACCGAAGCAGUUCCGCACUGGUUUGACUGAGGGCAGAGAAAGAAUUUGUAUGAGGCGGCACUAACUGAGCUCCACGGCCCGGACAGGAGGACUGAGCUUAAGGAGUUGUCAUUUUUCAACUUACCGGUCCCGUCGCACUCCGGCCGGCUGGGACGCCAGCUAAGUAACACCGCUAGCUCUCUUGGCUAACACCGACAGUCCCUUCAGUAAAAACGGCGUCCUUCCAGCUGUCAGUUUUACGCUAUGGCUGAGCAUACUUCAAACCAUGUUCUAUUCAGUUCUGAAUCACUUUUUGUUACCCGAGCGGGACUUUAAGGAACACUUUGCAAACAACAAAACAACAAACAAAGCAACAACAAAACAACGUAAAGCGAUAGCUUAAAAAGCUCAAGCUAAUAAGCGUACUUUGACGAAAACUGCUGUCCUCCCUUUUCUGAAUUUUUGGUGCUUUUCACGCUCUGGUUUCAAAGGGAUUACUCGUAUUUUUCCUGCCUAAUUGAGUAAACCAACCUUCAGGUGAAGAAAAGCCGUCGGGUCGCUAUGUUCUUUUGUGGCCAGAGAGUAAUCCCAAGUGUUUCGGAAUUCCACAGUGGGACUCUUUCCUCCUGGUUUACGCACUGCAAAGGAAAUAUUCGCACAGAAUAGCAGCUGUCAUUAGUGUGUUGUGAUUACUCGGAAGUGAAACAAAUAAUCGCACAUUUUGGAACUGGAAAGAAAAACUGAGAAAUCAGAUCAUUUUGUUCCUCUCCUUGACGGCGAAAACAGGUUUCUUGGUAUCAUCGUCGUGCUUUUUUGGCUAUUUGUGGGCGACAGUGAAGCGAUGUCGGGCCAAUCAAUCACAGAUCGGAUCACAGCAGCUCAACAUAGCAUGACUGGCUCUGCCAUCAGCAAGGCUGUGUGUAAAGCCACCACGCAUGAAAUCAGCGGACCCAAGAAGAAACACCUCGACUAUCUGAUCCACUGCACCAAUGAGAUGAACGUGAACAUUCCCCAGCUGGCGGACACGCUUUUUGAACGCACUGCCAACUCCAGCUGGGUGGUGGUCUUCAAAGCCCUUAUUGCCACCCACCACCUCAUGAUGUACGGCAAUGAGCGUUUCACCCAGUACUUGGCCUCCAGAAACACCCUGUUUAACCUUAACAACUUCUUGGAUAAAGGAGCUCUGCAAGGUUACGACAUGUCAACUUUUAUAAGACGAUACAGCCGCUACCUGAAUGAGAAGGCCAUGUCUUACAGACUAGUGGCUGUGGACUUCACCAAGAUGAAGAGAGGCAUUGAUGGCGUGAUGCGCACCAUGAACACAGAGAAGCUGAUCAAAACGCUGCCCAUCAUUCAGAACCAGUUGGAUGCUCUGCUAGAUUUCCAGGCCAAUCCUAACGAGCUCACUAAUGGAGUGAUCAACUCAGCCUUUAUGCUGCUCUUCAAAGAUUCUAUACGGCUGUUUGCUGCUUACAAUGAAGGAGUCAUCAAUCUUUUGGAGAAAUACUUUGACAUGAAGAAGAACCAGUGUAAGGAUGCUCUUGACAUCUACAAGAAAUUUCUUUACAGGAUGACGAAGCUAUCAGAGUUCCUCAAAGUGGCAGAGCAAGUUGGAAUAGAUCAGGGUGACAUCCCAGAUCUCUCACAGGGCUUUAUGCUCAGUACAUCAGCCCCAUCCUCAGCCCCCAGCAGCCUCCUGGAGGCUUUGGAACAGCACCUGGCCUCUCUGGAGGGCAAAAAGACAAAGGAGAUGAAUGCAGACACCAGAGCAUCCACUUUGUCGAGCGCUGUCUCUUCUCUGUCCUCCACCGGCAUGUCCUUCAGCCGCAUGGAUGAGAAAGAAAAGCAGCUGGCCCUAGAGGAGGAGCAGGCCAGACUGCAGGCACUCAAGGACCAGCGUCUGAAGGAAAUGAGCAUGCAGCCUCCUCCUGCUGCUUCCCCAGUCAUUCAGUCAACAGGCAGCGCCAGCAACAACAACCACAUCACACAAACCCCAGAGCUGUUCAGCUCCACACUGCCUGCCAACAGUUUGAACAGUGACCUUUUUGAUCUUCAGCCGGCCUUCAUCCCUGCUAUACAGAGCACUCCUUCCAUCUCCAACACCAAUAGUGCCUGGGGAGGACUGGAGAGUCAGCCACUGCAGCAAGCCUCCACCGCCAUGACUGUAGAUUUCGAUGCUGUGUUUGGAAAUAAGGCCACUGCCAGUAACAACGGCCCCCAUCCUGCAGCUGGUUUUGAUGCUCUGGGAGACCUGUUAAAGCCAACAGCUCCUACACACACCGCACUUCAUGUCCCUGCUCCUCAAAUGCCCGUCCAUCCUGGGGGAAAGCUGCUAGCAAACGACCUUGACUCCUCUUUGGCCAACCUAGUGGGCAAUCUGCAGUUUGGGAGUUCAGCCAAAAAGCCAGAGAUGCUGUGGAACCAAACCGGGGAGAAGAAGUUGACUGGUGGCCAAAACUGGCAAAACAAGACCAUGUCAACAACACAAUGGGGCCCUGCACCCUUGGCCACGCAGCCCUUGCCUGUGCCACAUGUGGCUCCGGCUCCGAUGGCUUUCCCUAUAACCACACCGCAAGUGCCUGUGUAUGGAAUGGUCCCUCCUCAGAUGGCGCAGAUGGGUGGGGUGCCUGUGAUGGCUCCACAGCCAAUGAUGUACAACCAGCCGGUUCUCAGACCCACCAACCCCUUUGCACCCAUGCCAGGAGCCCAGAUGCAGUUUAUGUAAUCCAGCCAGAGGGGAAGCAGAGUGCCAAAAGUAUCUCACAGACAGCAGAAGGACAGCGUGCUCAGAUCGAGGAAGAAACGAUUCAAUCACGUGAAAGAACUCCAGACACACGCUGAGGAAGAAAUCUAAUAUCACAAGAGAAACUAGGGUGAUAUAAAACAAAAAUUAGACGACGGUCAGACAUAAUCUUUGGCUGAUGAUUGUCUGAAACAACUCUGUACACUAAAGUGUGAAUGUAGCCUCUCUGUGUUUUUCCUGUCUGGUUUGUGGUUUAAAGUGUGCUGGUGUGGCAUUGAGAGGGAGCUGUGAGGAAAAGAGAGGAUGCUGGGGCCUGGCUUUCUCUGGAUCUGACUGUGAACAGGGUCUCUGCUGCAGAACUAGCUUUACUUCAUACUGGUGCUAUUUUGUUCUCUCUGGGUUACCAUAUGCCUGCAACAGCAACUUGGAGAGCACUUACAGAGGACAAAUGUGUGUGUGCGUGCACAGCAGUUGUUUCAGACAAUGCAUUUUUAUAGCCAACUUCUUCUUCUUUAUAUCCACCUUGGUUUAAUGGUGAUCAAAGGGAUCCAUUAAGCAAGAUAUUCAAAGGCAAAUGUCCCCAAAGGUUUCCUGUAUGUUUCCACCUUGUUGCGUCAAAUUACUAUUUCUGAACUUUGUUUUUUCUUUUGCUGGCCUUUCCUGUUCUAGUUUGUACAGUCAUUAGUGGAAAUGUUUGUUUUUGGUAAUCAUUUAUUGUCAAUUCGUACAUCCUGUACUGCAUUCCCAAAGCCACACAGGGAGAUGGGGAUGGGUGAAGACAGCAAGCAAUCACUGCCAGACGGCCACUUAAGAAAAAUCACGUGAAACUCUGUGACGGUGAAAACCAUUUAGCUCGAACUACUUAAAGUGGUUGUGAUUGGUGAACCGAUUGUGCCCGUUUUUGUUUGGUUUUCAGGGUCUGGUACCACAAGAAAAGGGUUUCUGCGUUCAGGGUUUUUGACUUUCUUCACACUGAAAAAACAACAAUAAAAAUAACAAAAGGAAAACUUAACAAAACAGGUGUUUUUCUUAAAUCUAAACAAAAUUUAUCAGAGCAAAUGAUGUUGUUGGAGCACAAUGGUGAAACAGCAAUAGGAAGGCAGGUUCACUUUUAUUUAUGCCUCAGUUUCUCUUUCUAUUUAUCUCCCGCUUGUCAUUUUGGCUUUUUUUAUGUAUCCUUUAAUAAAGCUAAAAAAAAAUGCAGCUUUUGUCUUUUCUAAAAUCACUGUUGUUAAGACAAAGUGCUUAACUUUUUUAUGAAUUAUCUGACCUAGCUACUGCUUUCAAGUUAUAUCCAUCUUCAAAAACUGGAGAUAUACUGCCUUCAAACAGUUCAGCUGCUCUCUGUGAAGGCUAGUUAUCAUCAAGUUCAAUAAAUAGGUUUUUGACGUACAUGGAUGUCCCCUUUUUGUGCAGGUAUAUAUUCCAUCUGGUGAGAGCAAAUUGGUUGCACUAACCCAUCAGCUUUCAAUAUUCUGGGUUCUGUACCUUUGUUUUUACUCGGAUGACAUUGAGGCGGGCUGUGCAUGGAGUUUUUAAAUUAAUCCUUGCCCUAAAACCUUUAUAGAUUUUAUGAGGAGUUUAUAUAGAGAGCCUCACCCAAAUAUUGCUUUUAAGGGCUUUAAAUUGCAACCAUUUUAGUCACAAAUGUGCCUAAAUCCUAAUUUGUGUAACUUUUAAGUAUUUGGGAGCAACAAAUUACUGUGGUGUGAGCAAAGGUCAUGAUAUAACCUCUAUGUUGGAUCAGUUAUAAAUUCAAUAUGUUUUAUUUUCUCUUGAAGGGUCAGGCAGAAGGACAGGCUGAGGGAGAAAAAUGUCAACAGAAAAGCUCAAGUCAGAAAGAGCUGAGAGAGACUGUGGAGUUGCAGCAGGUGGAUCAAGAGGGAGAGGAAGAUCCAACUGUUACAGAGGGAGCAAACAGGCCAAGAUGGGGAAGAUUAUAAAGCUGCUGCAGCAACACAUUCCACUACAGGAUUUGAUUUAAGUGACCAAAACAUGGGGCUAAUAACUUUGGUAUACAGAAUUGAGCAUUUUCCUGUUUGUUUGAAAAGUACAACUGGUUAGAAUAUUCAGUAAAACGGAAUACAGCUUUCUACUUCCCAUUUAGAGUCUGGCAAAGACAUCAAAUAUGAUGGUUCAGUAAGUAGUGGGUGCAAGAAUUGGAAGAAGGCUAAGCUAAGUCCCCCCCCCCCCCCCCCCUCCCCCUUUGUAACAGCCCUGUUUGGUGGAAACAGAUUUGAAGCUCGUUGGUGUUGCAGCUGCCAGCCGCUUUGGUGAGCAACAGUUGUUUUUGCUUUUUUUUUUUGCCACUGUCAUCAUGAGCUUUUUGUAGUCUCAUGCUUAGCUCCAAGCUUCUACACCCUAUCCAUCAGCAGUCAUCCACUGUCCAGCUCUGUUGUUGUGAAAUCUCAGUUUCUUUAGUCAGUCCAUCUCUAGAAUGCUUUCAUUACCACAUUUUUAGUCAGUGUAGAUCAGGGGUGAGCAAACUUUUAACAAAAAGGGCCACAAAGGGUCCUAUAAUUCGAUAGAAGGGCAGGAGUUUUUUGGUAAUCCACCUUGUAAGAGAAAGAAAUAACAUGGAAUCUGGAUGAAAACAUUUUGACUGAAAAUUAAUAUGUAAUUUAAAACGGAUCAUUCUUGAGUUUUAUUUGAAAGCUGUGGCUUUAGUUUUCAUUUUAGAGCCAAUUGCACCAAUGACUUGAUGUACCUCAACUAAAACCCAAAUUUAGAGAAAUCCUGCGUUCAUGUGAUGUUUGAAUGAAAAACAACAAAUCUUCCAACACCACAUGGAUGCUAGAGCCGGGGCCCAAAACUUUUUCUUGUGAGGGCUACAAAACUUUUGUCCUCUUUCAUUUGUCUAAUUUUAAACUUAUUAAGUCUUUCUUUUAUUAUGAAACACUUUGAGAACCUGAAUGAGCUGUAAAGUGCUAUAGGAAUAAAAUUUCAUUGAUUCAUUCAUUAUUCUUUUAAUAAAAUAAACAACACCAUUGAAUAAAAAAAUAACCAGAAAACUCUGUGAUUUUCAAAGAAAUAGGGGGAAAAAAAGUACAAAAUAUAACUAACAAAUAGUAGAUUCUCUCCCGUAAUAGUCCCUUUGAAACUUUGGAGGGCAGCAGCUCCUCGGACAUCUCACAGUGUGUGCUACACUUCACAAAUAAACCUGAGCUGCUACACUGUGUCCUGCACGUCUGUUUAUCAUCGAGUGAUAAUGGAAAAAAAAAAAAGAGUCAAAUUCAUGUCUUUUGCUGCAGCUGGACAUAUAUUUGUAUUACCUUUUCACCAGUACAGUGUUCCCUUUUUUAUCCCGGGAAUUUUGUUCUAAAAACAACCGUGAAUGAUUAAAUCUGCGGUGUAGGAUAACAGAUGUUUUAUGGCAGUAAAACUCCUCACCACCCACUUUAUACACUUUUCUCAGACAGACAUGAACAUUUUCACAAUAGUCUCUCGUGUUUAAAUUCUCAAAGUUCAAACCUUCAUAGUAAUUAAGUCCAGGAAUAUAGAAUGAAAACAAAGAUCCGAUCACGACAGAAGACUGUCAUCUGUUCUAUUUGACAGGGACUUUUAGAGGGGUUCAGAUCAGGGCACAGAUUGCAGAAGGGUGGAUUGCAGAAGAUUGCCCACCCCUGGUGUAGAUGGUAAAGUUCAAGAGUUCAUUUCAGUCUAGAUUGUCCUCCCUCUUGCUGUUGGUAGAUUCAGCUUUUAGAAGCUUCUAGUUGCAGUAUUUUAUUUUCAUUUCCUAUUGGUCUCUUCCCUCUACGUGUGUCUGUCUGUUAGCCAUCGAUUCAAACUUUCAGAGGCUCUCAGGCUCAGGGCAUCUUUUUUUCUAAAGUUUUGACUGAACUUCUACUUCUUUCUAUCAAAGAUGCUCCACUGUUUGGUAGUAGAAGUCUUUUAUUUUCAUAACAGCCUGCUCAUUUCAACAUCACCCACCUACAAACAUUCAAUCACCUUUUUAUUAGGAUGCCAAACACUUGGACCUAUAGAGCAAAGCAGAUUACCAAAGUAAUGGUAGAUGUGGAAAUUAUGUUGAACAAACGUGACCGUUUUUUUUUUAUUCACUCAAUCUAACAGCAAAUGGGGAGGUAUUUGGUCUUUUCUAUUCAUGGCAAAUUUUUUUUAGGUUGAAUACAUUUUUCUAAUAUGAACAGUAGAGAGUGAGUUUGUGUUUAUUAACCUGAUGGUUGUGUGGUUCCAAAGCCAAGCACAAUACUACACAAAUGACACACUAAAAGGAUAUGGCUGUCCAUAAUUAGCACAUUUUUUAAUACUUGCUAAA